GAGAAAAUACCAUAGUCCACUUUCAAACUCCCUCUACAGAAGUCACCCGGAGGCCCAUCAUAGACUCCUCAGACAAAGUACCCAGCAUGACAUCCCCAUUCUCACUCCCAGCGGUACUCAGCCCACCCAUGACUGGCCACGAAGCAGUGGUCGAUGCGAUGUACCGGUGCGUUAUGGCCUUCGAUACAAACGACAAAGACCUAUUUGACUCGAGCUUCAUGCCAGACGGCGUAUUUGAAGUCAACGGUCGCUCCAUGACAGGACUACCCGAGAUCCAUGCAACGGGACUUGCUCUCAUCUUCAGCGUUGACACGACGCACAUGGUUUCCAAUGUGCGUGUGCACAUGAAAGUGGCAGCUCUUUCCGCCGAGCAACAUGAGGCUAGCUUGACGGCUACAGUGCUCUCGCAGCACUUCGUUGCGGGUAAGGGAAUGGAGCCGGCUCAGAAUGAUCUGAUGGGCGGUAGCUUGUACCGUGGAGAUCUGAUUAGGGACACAGACGGGCUGUGGAAGUUCAAGCACCUGUUGAUAAAGUCUAUUUGGGUGCAAGGUGAUUAUAGCAUCAUUGGGGGAAAUUUCAGUGAGAUGGGCAAGUGA